AUGACACAUCUAUACACGAAAAAAUUCACUCCUUGGAGCUCGUCACAGACACCGGUAUCCGGAACAUCCAGCUCAACCACCAUUUCAUCCCGAAGCUCGGAGUAUUUGCUUUCAAAAGCUCCCAUAGGCGAAGGUUCAUAUUCAGUGGUUUAUGAGUGCAAGAAUAAACACACAGGGAAACACUAUGCUGCAAAGAAAUACAACAAGAGUCUAUCCUAUGGGUUGGAACUGCUACUACAGGGUGAAUUUGAAAUUUUGAGUCAAAUAUCGACGUCUCAUCCUCAAAUCUUGCUGUUGUUUGACUUUUUUGAGACGUGCAACAGUUUCUACUUUCUUACAGAUUUGGCUGAAGGUGGUGACCUAUUCAACAAAAUAGUUCAUGAUUCGCCUGGGGGCAAACUUGAGGCAUCUAUGGCGAGAGAUAUUGUCAUUCAACUAAUAUCGGCCGUGUCUUACCUACACUCCAAUUUGAUCAUACAUAGGGACAUAAAACCAGAGAACAUUCUAUUUUCGCUGAAGAGUUCCAAUGAAAUAUUACUUGGCGAUUUCGGUUUGGCUAGAGUGUUGAAACCCCAGCAGAAACUACGUGAUAUGUCCGGAACAUUGAGUUAUAUGGCUCCAGAAAUCUUUGAUCGCGAAAAAGGGUACAAUUUCCCUGUUGAUAUAUGGGCCGUUGGUGUCUGUUCGUACUUUAUGUUGUGUGGGUACAUGCCAUUUGAUUGUGAAACAGAUGAUGAAACCAAAGAUGCUAUCAAGAACAGAAGGUAUUUGUUCGAACCAGAGGAAUACUGGGUGGAGAUACCUGAGUCUGCCAAGGAGUUUAUAUUAUCUUGUUUCGAACUAAACCCUGACAGCAGACCUACACUGAUAGAUUUGAAGCACAAGUACUGUUCAACUGACUCAACAAGGCCUACUGGCGACAAAAAUGAGACAAUCUCUUCUGUAUUCGAAACACAAAGGGCAGAAAUACACAAAAUUUUUCAAGAUAUGCCUAAACGUACCCAAACAAGAGAUAGGUCAUCAAUACUUAAUUCACCAUCAACUCACAAGGACAUUAACGAUGACGAUGAUGUUGUCGCGCGAGGUGCAUUUUGUAUGACUCCUGAGUGCGUUACUGAGUUGAGUACACCAAUCACUUCCACUUGCCCUUCACGCGAGCAGUCCUGGUUGAAAUUCAAGAAACUGAGGGAAGAUGUAAGAAACAAUAUAGGCGGAGGCAUAGGUGUUGUUGAAGGUAACCAACGAUCUCCAGCCAAAUUUUCCAUUUGA